AGUUUGUGAUGUGCAGACUUAUGGGAUAUUUUUAAAAGCAAAACACGUGGGUUAUCAACAUCAACUUGUCUUACUUGAUCAAGUCUUAAGAAAUGACAAGACCAGAUUUUUCACCUAGAGGCCGAGGAGGUGGUCGUGGUAGAGGAGGGGACAGAGGUGGCCGUGGAGGUUUUGGGGACAGAGGUGGCCGUGGAGGUUUUGGGGGUAGAGGUGGGGGUAGGGGUGGAGGAUUCGGUGGUCGAGGAGGUGGAUUUGGAAGAGGGAGAGGAGGUGAUCGCGGGGGUAGAGGAAGAGGAGGAGGAAGAGGUGGUGGAAGAGGUGGUUUCAGAGGUGGAAAAAGUGUUGUUGUUGAGCCCCACAGACAUGAAGGUGUAUUCAUCGCCAGAGGUAAAGAAGAUGCUCUGGUGACUUUGAAUAUGGUGCCUGGAGAAACAGUGUACGGGGAGAAGAAGAUUGUAGUAGAGGAAGGAGAGAAGAAGACUGAGUACAGAGCAUGGAACCCGUUCAGAUCCAAGUUAGCUGCGGCCAUUCUUGGAGGUGUUGACAAAAUCUACAUGAAACCUGGUUCUAAAGUCUUGUACUUGGGGGCAGCCUCAGGAACCACAGUUAGUCAUGUCUCAGACAUAGUAGGACCAGACGGUUUGGUGUAUGCAGUUGAAUUUUCACACAGAAGUGGUAGAGAUCUGAUCAAUGUAGCAAAGAAAAGGACCAAUAUUAUCCCAAUUAUAGAGGAUGCCAGACAUCCACACAAAUACAGAAUGCUUGUUGGUAUGGUGGACACAAUAUUUGCUGAUGUUGCACAGCCUGAUCAAGCCAGAAUUGUAGCCAUCAAUGCCCACCACUUCCUCAAAAAUAAUGGCCACAUUGUAAUAUCCAUAAAGGCCAAUUGUGUGGACUCGACCGCCGAGCCAGAGGCAGUGUUUGCCGGUGAAAUCAACAAAUUAAAGGGGGAGAAGAUUAAGCCCCAGGAACAGCUGACGUUAGAGCCUUACGAAAGAGACCACGCAGUAGUGGUGGGAGUCUACAGGCCACCUCCAAAGAAAUGAUUCACCAUUGUGUUCUUCUCAUCGUCUUCAUCAUUCUGUCUAUAAUGCGCAGCUCUUACACUUUCUGGCAGGAUAAUGAACAGGUUUUCAAUAUCCCAAAUAAAUUUUGUUACUUUAUGAUGAACGUCAAGAGUAACCAACAAAUGUGUCAAAACAGAAAGUAUAAAUGGGGCAUUUUAUCUUGUUGUAUCAUGAAAAUUCAUGAAAAUCUUUUUAAAUAUUAUGUUAAUCAUGUACACAAUAAAUACAUGGAUAUUUUG